AUGCUCUUUGCUGCAUUUGUCGCCUUGGUCUCUCUCGCUCGCCCGAGCUCGUGGCUCGACCCCAUCUCGGUGCUCUUGCUCGUCUCGGCCGAUGAUGCCAUCAACAACAUCAAUGUCGCCGCCGUCCUCGACCCGCCUGCGCUUGACCCACAGACAUUUGCAGAGGCAUUUGUCGACGCCUUUGUUGCCCCGCAUCCGCGCUUACUCUCCGUCAUUCGCCGCGUGCCUUUCAUCGGCUGGUGUCAAUGGGUGGAGCUGGAGAGCUUUGAUCCGGCCGACCACGUCCAUGUCCACCACGCCAUCAUCGAUCAUCUUGCCCUCGAACAGCUCACUGCCGAUCUUCUCGGUCGCCCGCUAGCCGUUGAUAGCCCGCUGUGGGAUCUUCAUCUCUUUCCGGCGUACACCCGCGACGAUGGCGCCGUCUGCAUGGCGUUCGUCUUCCGCAUCCACCAUGUGCUCGGCGAUGGCGUCACUCUUGCCCGGCUCUUCUACUCGGGCUUUGAUGGCGUCGUCUCGCCGUUCAGCCGUCAGGCUCACACUCUGCGCACGUUUCGCCGACCCGGGGCGGCUCUGCCACUCUCGGCGCGCUUCACUCAGUCCGGUACUGCCAUUUGGCGGCUGCUGUUCUCGACGCCGGAUCCGCCGUCGGCGCUCAAGCGCGAUGAGAGCGAGUACCUGGCACCUACUGGCUCCCGUGUCGCCGCCUUUGCCACCGCCACAGCACGCCUGGCCCCGCUCAAGGCUGCAGCAAGAGACCUGGGCGUUACCAUCAACGAUGUGUUGCUUGCUGUCCUCGCUGGUGCCCUGCGGACGCUGGCGCUCGCCAGCUCGCGCCCGCUGGCGCCGGUCACCUCGGUUGUGUGGGUCUCGCUCCAGCCGCUCCGGACCAUGUUUACUCCGCUCGACAUGCCUCCAGCUCCAUGCUGGGGCAACUCGCAUCUCGGUUUUGUCUACGUCACGCUUCCACUCGACCAAUCGGAUCCACUGGCCCGGGUCCACGCUGUCCACACCCAGACCACGGCCCUGCUCUCGGCGCCCGACGCUGCGCUCGGCUCGCUGCUGAUGGCGAUCCUCGGGUGCAUCCCGCGCCCGAUUUUGCGGCCGCUGUGGCGGCUGACCGCUUACAAGAUUUCGAGCUCGAUGUCGAACAUGCCCGGCCCCGCCGCAGAGCUCUCACUAGCUGGCCGAAGGCUGACGCGUCGGCGUCUUCUCCACCCUCGCUAG